AUGUGGCGCCGUCGUACCAAGCUUGUUUCUCUCGGUCUCGCGUUCGUUCUCGCACAUCUGCGUACAUUGUUCUUCCCCCCUCCCCCUCUCUCAUCGUCUGCCUCCUGCCCCUUUCCCGCGCUCUCUCUCUCUCUCUCUGCCGUUUCCUCUUUGUCCGCUCUCCAGGAGUGGUGUGCGGCGAGCCUGCCGUUCUUCUACUUCUUGCCAUGGAGCUUCCAAGUCAAUUGGCUUUGGAAGUUGGCGUGCGGCGACGAGGCCGACACGGCAUCGGCGGGCGACACCCUCAUCUCCCUUCCAAACAGCAGCGCGCCAGUCAGCUGCGUGCAGGCCACCCAGGGCAGCCUGGCCGGCAACAGCGUCAGGGUGGCGAGCGCGGCCAGCAGCUGA